AUGGACGACGACGACGACUACGGCUCCGACGAGUUCGACUCUCUGCCACCGGGUACCUUGUACGAGUUAGAACAGAAUGCUUUCCAGGCAACCCAGGCUACGGCCUCACAGCACUUCAGUGUCCCGAUAGACAGCAAUUCCGGUUUGCGCGCCCGCGCACCCUCGAAUCACACUGGUUCUCUACGACCACCGCUUCGCUUACAUACUGGCUUGACCAAUGAUUACAAUACACUGGAGGUGGGGGAGCUGGAGGCCGAGGUAUACGACAAUGUGGAUGGGCAACAUGCUGUUCCAUAUGGCCACCAUGCACCCGCUCAGGACGUCGAGUGGAUUAUCAAUAGCGAGAUGGGCGAUGCAAUGGAGGUGGACGAAGGCUAUGGACAGGUGAAUAUGGCCGAGAUAAAUGCACGCCUAGCUCAGAUGGAACAAGAACGAGAACAGAUGAUACGGGAGCUAGCCGAGGCCAGAGAUCAAGUCGCCAUGAAAAAUGGAGAGAUCAGCAUUAUUCGAUCAAAGCAAGCAAGGAUGACCCAAGAUUAUGACCGACAACUUGCAGCUCUACGGACAUCAAUGGCUGAUGCGACGGCCUCACACAAGCUUGAGGUAGAGGCCGCGAUGUCCGAGGGCAAAGUUCUGGCAACGGAGAACGUUUUUCUUCACCAGGAACUUGUGGAGGAGGCUUUCCAGGCUCGGAACUACAAAGCACGACAUCGAAACGAGGACAAGGCGGCCCCGGUCACUCCCAGAAAGUCCAGGAUAUUACCCUUCCGUGAUGGAUUUGAUGAUGAUGAGAUCGCCAUGGUGUCGCCUAGCAAAUCUGCAGCACGUUCGAAGCGAGCCACGCCAACAGUACCGGGGAAACGGAAACGACAAGCUAGUCAGGAUAGCCCAGCACCACUAGAGCUCAAUCCUGCAGGUGCGGAGCUCAUCAUGGCUGAUGCCUCGGUUGAUGUGGCAGAAGUCGCUCAGGCGAAACGCAAGUCUGCGCAAUCAGGUCGCAACCAGCGGUUCAUGAUGCGGCUUCUGAGUCACAAAAUGCACCCCAGUGAGGAAACAGAUCUUGAAGCAAUGACUAAGUUGGCCUUUCCCUCUGGGCCAGAUCGCUCCAUGUCCAGAAUUGUCAUGGAUAGUAUGGCCCAUGUCGAUAUGGACAGCUACAUAGUAGAAUAUACGCAAGCGAUUGCCUCGCUAUGGCAGCGUGCAAUCAACGAGAAGUUCUACGAACCGAUUCCUCGGUUUGCCUCUAUCGUCCGAUUCAUUCUCAUGUCGGAUGAUACACCACUUCCUGAAAUUAUCAUACCUCUAGUCGGAGUUCUACAGGAUUCUGUGGAAGUGAAUGCAGUGCCUCGGUUCAAGUAUGCUCCAGCAUCAAGGGACAAACGAGUGGCCGGACAGACGCCGCAAUCAGAUCUCCAGCCUCUAGUUGAUUCAACUGAAGCCUUGCGGCUGCUCUAUCGAAUCGCUUGCGGGGUGCUGCACAAUAGAAAUGCUCUCCAAACUUUCUGGGAGAACAUCCGGAUAUCCUUCAUUCUUGUGAUGCUGCACCCGUCACAUCCACUCGGGGACAUUGUGCUACUAAUGAACCUCCUGUCAACAAGCAUUCGUCCAACUUCGUUCGGCUCGAUCAGAUCAUCAGAUCAGGACCAGUUGGAUGUGCAGAAAUGGAUCGUGGACCGUCUAACACACAUGCUCAGCGAGCCAGCAAUACCAGACGAAGGUGUUGAGCCAUACACUCCAUAUGACAUAUGUGCCAUGCGACUCGAGGUGCUCCUUCUGCUGGAAUCACUAGCAUUCAGUCCAGCAACUGUAUCCCAAGGUCACGCAAGUGCCAUCCUAGCACUACACCCAAAUGCCCUGGCACGCUUAUUUCGAUCGAUGCACGACGAGCUGGAUGCACUGUAUUCCUCACCGCCCGAGCAGGACCUGCGCGUUUCUCUGGUCAACGGACUGAUGCGGUUGAUUUUCGGAGUCAUGCGUCAGCAUGGACCCUCGAUCAACAUGCAAGAGAAGCUGGCGUGUGUACCCGGCAGCAAACAGAAACAUCUCGUUGUGUUGACUCGUUUGGCAUUCUGUGAUGGUACUAUUCUAGAGGCGGGCAUCGACGAUGAUACUGUUGAUAUGGCUCACGAGCUGCUUGAGGAGUGGACUAAUCCUCAAGAAGCGGAGUCAUUGGCGGAGGCAUUUCCGAGCUCUAGGAGGGAUUGA